CCGCCUGGCUCCCGGGCUCCGACUCCUCCUCCCCCGGCGCCGCAGCCGCUCGCGGCCCAGCGGGGUCCUAAAGCCGUGCGCUUCAAGAGGAUGGUGCGUCUGGCUGCCGAGCUGCUGCUGAUCUUGGGGUUACUGCUGCUCACACUGCACAUCACCGUUCUGCGCGGUUCCGGAGCCACCGACGGGCCAGACGCGGCCACCGGCAACGCCAGCCUGGCCCAGUUGCAGAAUAACCUUAACCUGGAAGGUGACUCCACAUCAGAAACCAGCUUUCCUCUCUCCAAAGAAGUACCAGGGGAGCCUCUGAACCACCACGCUACACAUCAGCCCUUUUCCAGGCAGCAAUUCCCAGAAGAAACUGGCCACCCCUCCUUGCAAAGAGAUGGCCCCAGGUCCUUUCUCCUGGACUUGCCAAACUUUCCAGAUCUUUCUAAAGCUGAUAUCAAUGGGCAGAAUCCAAAUAUCCAGGUCACCAUAGAGGUGGUCGACGGUCCAGACUCUGAAGGAGAUAAAGAUCAGCAUCCGGAGAAUAAGCCCAGCUGGUCAGUCCCAUCCCCUGACUGGCAGGCCUGGUGGCAGAGGUCCUUGUCCUUGGUGAGGGCCAACAGCGGGGACCAGGACUACAAGUACGACAGUACCUCAGAUGACAGCAACUUCCUCAACCCCCCCAGGGGGUGGGAUCGUCCGGCCCCAGGCCACCAGACUUUUGAAACCAAAGAGCAGCCAGAAUAUGAUUCCACAGAUGGAGAAGGUGACUGGAGUCUCUGGUCUGCCUGCAGCAUCACCUGUGGGAAUGGUAACCAGAAACGGACCCGGUCUUGUGGCUACGCGUGCACUGCAACCGAAUCUAGGACCUGUGACCGUCCAAACUGCCCAGGCAUUGAGGACACCUUCAGAACAGCGGCCACUGAAGUGAGUCUGCUUGCGGGAAGUGAGGAGUUUAAUGCCACCAAGCUGUUUGAAGUUGAUACAGACAGCUGUGAGCGAUGGAUGAGCUGCAGAAGCGAAUUCCUAAAGAAGUAUAUGCACAAGGUGAUCAAUGACCUGCCCAGCUGUCCCUGCUCUUACCCCACCGAAGUGGCCUACAGCACAGCGGACAUCUUUGACCACAUAAAGCGCAAGGACUUCCGCUGGAAGGAUGCCAGCGGGCCCAAAGAGAAGCUGGAGAUCUACAAACCCACAGCCCGAUACUGCAUCCGGUCCAUGCUGUCGCUAGAGAGCACCACGCUGGCUGCCCAGCAUUGUUGCUAUGGUGACAACAUGCAGCUUAUCACCCGGGGCAAAGGGGCGGGGACACCCAAUCUCAUCAGCACGGAGUUCUCUGCUGAACUGCACUACAAGGUGGAUGUGCUGCCCUGGAUCAUCUGCAAGGGCGACUGGAGCAGAUACAACGAGGCUCGGCCACCCAACAAUGGGCAGAAGUGCACUGAGAGCCCCUCAGACGAGGACUACAUCAAGCAGUUCCAGGAGGCCAGGGAGUACUGAAAGGAUGGUGAGGUACAUGGGUGCCACCUCUGGUUUGGGGGCACAAACAUACUGCUCUGAUCACCCAGGUCUUCCAGUGUGUUUAAGUGUAUAUUUGUAUAUACCACGUGAGUUUUUAUGAAUUACACAAGGGGUGUGCACCAGGCCCGCACAACCACCAUGGGAAGCCACCCUUACCAUGCACAGACCUCCAUGGAGGUGGCCAUGUGGGCAGAAGGCCGGGACACCACAGCAGCCAGAAGAGGAACCUGGGAGGCUUGUGGGUGUGAUCCAGUGUUUCCAGACACGGAAAGGAGGAAAGAGACUGAAGCUGUAAACAUUAUAGCAGUUUUUAUAUAUAACUUAUUUAAUACGAAUGUGACUUAAGCUUAACCUUUUCUCUGGAGUUGUCAUUGUAAAGCUAUUUAAUCACUUCUGCGAGAAUCAGAUAGAGCAGGGCCUAGGGAAGUGGAAGAGAAAAGGAAUUUUGCAAUGGUUUCCUUACAAAGAAAUAGUGCAAUGGAAUCGUAUCAAAACAAGAAAACACCCACUUUAAAUCAAAUGUUAUACAGUCAUACAGCACCUUGCUGGAGUCUCAGAUUCCAAAUUUCUCUUGCCUCAGACUGGUUAUUUUUAGGGGCAAAUCUGAGCCCGGUUUUUAAAUAGGCUUUAAAAUAAAAGACGAAUGUUAGCAUAGUCUAUGAUUUUACUAAAAGGCCCCCAAACAGUAAAAUUUCUGCUCAAGUCUUAGUAAGUUCAGAAGAUCACAGGAAGUUCAGACAUAAAAGGAGUAGCACUUUUCCAGAGGUAAAAAGCGUAAGAAGUGCAAAAGGAAUAUGACCUCAUUUCAUCUAACAAUUUUUUUCCACUAGUAUAUCCCCAGGAAAUAAAGUAUAAAAAGGGAAGGGGGGAGCUGAAGUCUGGGAAAUCCUAAUUUUUUUAUGUUUUAAGAAAGAAGAAAACUGUGUUAUUUUUGUAAAGUAUUUAUUGAGUCAGUGGGUCUUGUGCAUCAAAUAAUUGUAAGAUGAUCUGGUUCCAUAGGGUAAAACUUAGGAUAAAUAAAAAGUGGGUUCCUAUGCAAUAUCUUACAUGCAAAACUCCAGGAAAAGAGAUUAUAUAAUAAAAUCAUAAUAAAAUGUG